CUCCAGGAGCAGUUAGCAUGUACGGCUGCAGCUAACCGAGGAGCCGGGGUCUACCUGCCGAGGAGCCGGGGGUCUACCUGCCGAGGAGCCGGGGUCAGUGAGCUGAGGAGCCGGGGGUCUACCUGCCGAGGAGCCGGGGUCUACCUGCCGAGGAGCCGGGGGUCAGUGAGCUGAGGAGCCGGGAUCUACCUGCUGAGGAGCCGGGGGUCUACCUGCCGAGGAGCCGGGAUCUACCUGCUGAGGAGCCGAGGGUCAGUGAGCUGAGGAGCCGGGGUCUACCUGCUGAAGAGCCGGGGGUCAGUGAGCUGAGGAGCCGGGGUCAGUGAGCUGAGGAGCCGGGGGUCAGUGAGCUGAGGAGCCGGGGAACAGCGGAUCAUUUCAGCUCUUUUAUGAGUUUUGUUUUCAGGAGCCAGCCCGCCUGCGGACUCAGUCAAUCAGAGGAUGAUAAAGUUUGUGCUGAUGGUGAACCGGCAGGGUCAGACCCGCCUGUCCCGCUACUACGAGCCGGUGGAGCUCAGCAGGAGGGCGGCGCUAGAGAGCGAGCUGGUCCGAGUCUGUCUGUCCCGCUCCAAGGACCAGUGCUCCUUUGUGGGACUUUAGGACUUCCGGCUGGUGUACCGUCAGUACGCUGCGCUCUUCAUCGUCGUCGGCAUCAGCGACUCGGAGAACGAGCUGUCCGUCUACGAGCUGGUCCAUAACUUCGUGGAGGUUUUGGAUAAAUACUUCAGCCGAGUGAGUGAACUGGACAUCAUGUUCAACCUGGACAAAGUUCACAUCAUCCUGGACGAGAUGAUCCAGAACGGACACGUCGUGGAAACCAACAAGAGCCGCAUCCUGGCGCCGCUCACCGCGCUCGACAAGAUGGCCGACGGCUGAAGGCUGACGGCGUGCGGGACGACCCGAGGCUGCAGCUUUAAUGCGACUCAUGGAGCCACUAGAGGGCGCUCUAACCAAGUCUUGGCUUUGGUCUCCCUGCUUUAAUGAUCCAGUUCAUUUUCAUGAAUGAAAAGCGUCAGCAGAUUUACAGACUCUGGAUUUUUUUUCUUAGUUUGUUUCUUUUCUUCCUUUGCCUUUUACAUUUCCUCUUUUCCUCCACUUCCUGUUUUUCUUUCUCCAUAUUGGUGUUAGGUGUAACGUUUGCAUUUUUUAUUUUCAUGUCUUUGCAUGAGCAGAAAAGUGAAGUGCAGCUUUUUGGGCUGAGCCGUAUCAGCGUGUUGAAGAAUCCUCGGGCUGGAAAGCACAAAGAAUAUUUUCUGUGCAGUAAAUCAACAGCCGGCCCACAAACCACCAGGACAAGCAGCUUGAUUCAUACUUUGCAAACAUUUUAAUGAUUAUUUCUUGGAGCAUACACAUUUGAAAAUAUCUGUUUACCUCAAACUGCAACUUGAGUAAAUAAAUGUUAUAAUAUACAAAGAAAAUA